CGGUGUCACGGUGGGCCUCCCCAGCGUCUCUCCGGCCCGCCCCGCCCCGCGGACGUGGAGCCGGCAGCCGGCGCAAGCUCUCAAAAGAUGGAAAAAAGCUGGCCUUUCCUAGGUACUUUUGAGGCUGACUUCAGGCCUCUGGUAGUAAUUGAGCUUGCAAAAGGCACCAAAGAGGAAACCAUAAAAUGGCUCACCAAACGAAUUGUGGACAAAAAAGCAAACGGAGGUGCACAGCUGCUGGUUAAACCAUUGGUCACGGAUAAUGGAGAUAAAAAUAUUUAUCUAGUUGGAGCUUCCCAGUUAAGGCUGUUGCUGGGAGCUGAAAGUGUGGGUUUGGUGAAGGAAUGUAAUGAUAACUCAAUGAGAACUUUUACAUACAGCAGUAGAAAUACUUUCAAAGGUUUUGCAGAUGACAAUCACAAUUUCCUUACAAUGGCAGAAUGUCAGUAUAUCAUCAAACAUGAACUUGAAAAUUUGAGAGCUAAAGAAGAAAAAAUGAUCCCUGGAUAUCCUCAGGCAAAGCUGUAUCCAGGAAAAUCAAUUGUAAGAAGAUUACUGACUAGUGGUAUUCUAGUUCAGAUUUUCCCACUGCAUGACAGAGAAGAGUUGAAAAAGCUCCGUCACAGCUGGUAUGGCCGAGUCAAAAUUGGCUAUCAACCUUUAGAUGAGAUACGCUGCUACUUUGGCGAAACCAUUGCACUCUACUUUGGCUUCUUAGAGUACUUCACAUUUGCUUUGAUUCCGAUGGCUGUCAUUGGGAUUCCUUAUUAUGUGUUUGCAUGGGAAGACUAUGACAAAUACGUGAUGUUUGCCACAUUCAAUCUGCUCUGGUCCACUGUGAUACUGGAAGUUUGGAAGCGCAUUUGCGCUAUCAUGACAUACAAUUGGGGGACACUGUUGAUGAAGCGACAGUUUGAAGAACCAAGACCAGGCUUCCACGGUACCCUGGGUAUCAAUCCUGUCACUGGGAGGGAGGAACCAGUGUACUCAAGUAUUAAGAGACAGAUGCGGAUUUAUCUGGUGUCCUUACCAUUUGUGUGCCUUUGCCUCUGCUUCUCACUGUAUGUGAUGAUGAUUUACUUUGACUUGGAACAGUGGGCUCUGGAUUAUCAUGAAGAGAAUGAGUCUAACUUCAGCAGCUUGAUGCUCUUCGUGCCCAGUAUCAUAUAUGCUGUUGUGAUUGAAAUUAUGAACCGUAUCUAUCGGUAUGCUGCUGAAUUCUUAACAUCAUGGGAAAAUCACAGGCUGGAAUCUUCAUAUCAAAAUCAUUUAAUUCUGAAGGUUUUGGUGUUCAACUUCUUAAAUUGUUUUGCAUCUCUCUUCUACAUUGCCUUUGUGCUGUUUGAUAUGAAGCUUCUGAGGCAGAGCUUGGCCACUUUGCUGAUAACUUCGCAGAUCCUUAAUCAGUUUGCAGAAUCCUUACUUCCUUACUGGCUCCAAAAGAGACAUAAGAGGAAGAUGGAGAAACGCACGUGUUCUCUGAAAACAGAUACAGACCUGUCAAUAGUUGGACAAGUCAACUUGGAGAAAGAAAUGGGCACCUAUUUGGGUACUUUUGAUGAUUACCUGGAGUUGUUCUUACAGUUUGGCUAUGUGAGUCUCUUCUCAUGUGUUUAUCCACUGGCAGCUGUCUUUGCGGUGUUAAACAACAUCACAGAGAUACAUUCUGAUGCUUUAAAAAUGUGUAGAGUUUACAAGCGGCCGUUUGCAGAACCCACAGCAAAUAUUGGUGUUUGGCAGUUGGCUUUUGAAACUAUGAGUGUAAUAUCAGUUGUAACUAAUUGCAUAUUGAUUGGAAUGUCUCCGCAAGUGAAUGCCCUUUUCCCAGAUUCAAAAAUGGACCUUGUUCUGACUGUGGCAUUGGUAGAGGUUAAAACCUUCAUUACAAAAGGCAGAAAGAAGGGAGGAUUACUAGGUGCUGUGGGACUAUGAACAGCAGCAGUAUGGAUUGAUGGCGGCUUAAAGAGGUGGGGCUAUUUUUGCCUUUGCUUCCUGGGUAUUUAUUCCCAUCUUAUCUGUUACACUGGCACUUUCUUUUAUCUGGUGCAUGAUGAAUCAGAUUAGGGAAUUGAUCUGGGAGAAACUGUCUGGCCCAGUUCACUGGCGAAAGGGAGCAGGGCAGAAGCAACUGUGUGUGGAAGAUACAUGGCAGUGCUGUAGGUUUGUGCUGGAUUAAAUUUGUGGGACUUCUGCACUACUGAAUCAUUCUCCUGUAAGUAUUAUUUCAUCUACCGGAAGAUCCCUAAACCACAAAAGCAGCACAAAUCUCAUAUAUUGGCAGUAUUCCUAUGCACCUUUACUAUAUUUAGUAAAUAUAGUAUAUAUUUACUAUAUAUACUAAUAAUUAAACUAUGCAUUUCAGUUGUAAGGAAAAUUCAGGAACAGAAUACAUCACAUUAAACCUCUAGGACAAACCUGGUGCAUCUAAAGUACAUCAGUAUUGAUGUAGGAAAAAAUUCUGUUGGAUGUGUCAGGGUGUUGACAGAAAAGCAUUUUAGAUCACCUAGUAGAGAUUCAGAAACACAUGAUACAGGUGAGUUAUUUUACUUUCUGGUAUUUGCUUCAGGUGAAGGUGAGAGUUUUACAGUGUGUUUAUGCUAUUUUGUCAGCAUCUUGCCAGGCAGUGUGAAAAUGUUAAUGAGCACAAGAAAUGUCUUCUAGUAGGCUAUGUAUGCUCUCACGUGUUCAGUUGAUGAGGUAACCUACUUAAAUCUUAGCUGUUGUUAAAUAUUUUUAUCAGGUUUAGGUAAUUGAGACUCCAUUUGAAUACUUGUAUAUGUUUGAUGCAAAGCUAAACAAAAAACGCACUAUUCUUACCAAAGCUAAGCAUAGGUAUUAGCAAUGCCCUGAUUAAAAAAUAAAAAGUUAGUGCUUUUUAAUAAUAAUACUAAUACUCUUCAAAUGUAAAAAUGUUUAUAUGGCAACAUUUGACAUCACUCCAUACAGAUGUAAUGAAGAACUGUGUGUGAAGUUCUCCUAAGCAUUCUGUACCCAGCCCCUACAGAUUUAUGCAAAAUAAUUUUUUUUUUAUUAACAACACUAACUCCACUGCCAUCUACACUUUUGGUGGGGAUACAUGUUGUAUCAGCAAAGUAAAUACUAAUUAAAUAGAAUAAAACAUUAAGCAUUUAAUAAUAAAUAAUGGUAAGCAUUAAAAUAAUAUUUAAUAAUAAUUUUUAAGUAUUAGAACAGUGGUUUUUUUUUUGAACAGUUGACCUAUUUUCAUCAAUCCAACAUCUGCUUCCAUGGCAACAUGAUUUGAACCAGGAGCAGAAUCAUGAAUUUCCCCUCUUUUAUUUAUGGACGGAUGCUAACUGAAUGCAGCAAGUGCAGUUUUCAAACAGAAAUAAGUAGGUGGGUGUCCUUAAAGCAGGAAACAAUAAGCCCUUAUUAACAUAAUUUAAAAAGAGUUAUAUCCCACAGUGUGUUUAGUUCUUCAGGCUUUACUGUAGGCACAUACUUCUGGUAUGAACCACAGGUGCAAAGUGUUGGAUGUUCUAAGCAAGUGCCUGUGCUCAUGUGAAACUGUUCCCAAUGACCUCUGAUUUUGUAUGCCAACUUGAAAAAAAGAGGAAAUGACUUUGAAGAAAUUUGGUGAAUAGUUGGGGGAGUGGGUUAAAACAAGGUGUAACCUUAAUUCUGCAGUGCUUUUUCAUUUUUCUUUGUAAAUUGUUAGUAGAGUUUUGUUCCUGAUGACUAUUUCUUUUUAAUAUAGACACUCAUAAAUGCAAGGAAUACUGAUUAAAUAUAUUUCAGGACUACUCUGAAAGUUAAGUCCAAGAAAUCAGUUGUAUGUAGUGGUUUUCCUUUUUUUUUUUCUUUAAACAGUACAUUAGUAGGGGUGUUUGAAGCAAUAGCUGUAAAGUACAGCUUAACGUGAAUGUAUCCUAAUCUCCAAGAGUAACUCGUUGUGUAUCCAGCACUGAAAUGUAGUAAACUAAUGGAAGGCUUUUAUGCAGAGGUGCACUUAGCCUGGAUAUUUUACGUCACAUUGAGGGAUUUGGGGAUUAGCUUGGAAAUACUAAGUAAUAAUGGAGGGUCCUCUAGACAGCUGUAGUGUAAAAUCUGACCUUACAGUCUACAAAUACGGUUUUGGGAAGAAUGUAAUCAGCUCUGGUAUAUAUGAAAAUGAGGACCUUAAUGUAAGGACAGGACUAGCCUAUUCGUAGUAAACGUGGCUAAAUAAACAGUUGGUCUGUGUGGAUUUGAUUUCAUGGAGUCCUCGUAAAGAUUUGAAAUAGAUCUUAAUGAGCUUCAUAAAAAUGUGUGUGUAUGUGUAUAUACACAUUUUUACAAGUCAGUUCUGUGAGAUGUAUGGAGUGGAAUAAGGGAAGCAACCCUUUCUUAAGCUUUGUUUUUUCUGGGUGAGGAGGAGCUGAUAGGCCAUUUAUCAAAAGCUGGAAAGCAGGAAUCGUAUCUUGUUAAUAAAGCUGAAAAGUUAGUGGUGUCAUGUUUAAAAGUUGAUCCAAAGUCAAAGUGGUUGAGAGUUGUCUGGUACAUCUGCUUUUCUCUGGAGUUCCAUUUUAUUAAAUGUCUUUCUCCAUCAAAGGCCUCCUGGUGUACAGUAGAAGCUCUGAGCUUCUGCUGAGUGCUCUUAACAUAAUGGCCUCAACACUCAGUCAGCUCAGCAGUAAACUUGACAGUUGUUUCUGAAAUGAUGCGCCAGAGAAACUGGCAAACAGUACCAGAGUCAAGCAGUUUGGAUUCUAGUAGAUGGGAAGGUAUAUUUAUCAUCUGGUUCUAGGCAUCAUUGUACUCGCUUUCUAGAUCAACUUGAAAAUUAGUAGCAUUGCAUCCUGAGUGCUGCUGAAGAUCUUCCACAUCCAGUUCCUGAGCAAAAGCAAUUUUAAGUGGCCUGUUAAGUCAAAAUUAAAGUGUUUUCCCUUUAUUUCCUUAAAAAAAAUCCUUAAAUGUUUUGUAACAG